AUGUCGUCCCCACGCAAAUCUGCUAGUCCAGCAGCAGUAGCAGAUGCCACCACGCCACCUUCACUAGCGCAGGAUGGAGGCCAGCCAAACAUUGAUGUCGAUGAUGAUGGCGAUUCCGCGUUCGCAGAUGGUGAUAACUUUUCCGAAACGACAUCACUCGCUUCCUCCCUAAUAAGAGGUCACAUUAUGAAUGGUAGAAAAUAUUCGAGCCUCAGAAGUGAUUACUGGGGACCCUCUGACGAAUCGCAAUUCGAGUCUAUGGAUGCUGGGCAUUACAACUUGUUAACUUUGGAUAGCAACCAACCAGAGCCACUUUUUCGUUCUCCAGUCGUGGAACCUCAGAACAUUCUAGACAUAGGUACAGGUCCCGGUACAUGGGCCGUCGAUGUUGCGGAUAAAUACCCUGAAGCCGUGGUGUACGGUGUGGAUCUAUCGCCACCACCUGUAACUUGGAUGCCGCCUAACUGCCAUCUUCAAGUGGAUGAUGUUUUGGAAGACUGGACAUUCCGAGAAAACUUUGACCUUAUCCAUAUGCGACUAAUGCUGGGCGCUUUCACCGAUAAUGAGUGGAGAGAUGUUUAUCGGAAAGCAUACGAUAAUCUCAAGCCAGGAGGUUGGAUAGAGCAGGUGGAGCUUGAUGUCCGAGUCAUGGCGGACGACAACAGUCUUCGACCAGACACACUGAUCGCCGAAUGGGGCAAUAACUUUUUGGGCUGCUCAGAGAGAGCCGGCCGGCCUCUGGAUACACAACUCACGAUGAAGGCCAAGAUUGAAGAGGCUGGAUUUGUUGAUGUUCAAGAACAUCUUUACAAGUGCCCGAUUGGAGGAUGGCCGAAGAACAAGGUGCUCAAAGACGCUGGACGAAUCAAUUUUGUCCAGUGGACAGCGGGUUUGGAAGGAUGGGCCAUGUUCCUCCUGACGAACUGGGGCUCGCCAGAACCAUGGACAGCUGAUGAGGUCAGAGUCUAUGUAGCCAAGGUGAGGGAGGAGUUGAAGCAGCCCAGAUUGCAUAUAUGGCAUUAUACGGUAGACGACGAGUAUGGGGUCGCAAACCUGAAUGAUCGCGGACUGCAAUUUGUGUUGACUUAUUGA